AUGCCGCCGCCUUCCUUUUCCCACCAAACCGCCGUGGUGCUCCCGCGAGCGGUACAAUCCUGGCUCAAGGAACUCAUCCAAAAGAUCCGCUCGGCACUCACCGCCAACGACGAGAUCAAGCGCCAUUCCAUCCUCAGCGCAAUCGAGGCUUCCGUCGAGGAGCACGCCCAGUCGCUCAAGAGCGCAGCGCAGGCAGACGAGGCCAACCAUCCGCCCGCAGCCGGCCCCUCGCCCACCGCUCAGAUCAAGUCGCAGGUCUCGCUCCGCAUCAACGAUGCCAUCCAAAACAUGCUCCAGGGCGAGCUGGGCGCGCAGCAGGACGAAAAGCUGCCCGCCCUCGUCGACGUCCUCUUUGUUGCCAUGCCCCUCUUGGGACCCACAUCGAUCGUCAUGGAGUGGUGGGACCUCGUCCUCCACCCCCUCCUCAAAAGUGCAUCCAUCCAGAACAUCACCGCCAAUCGUGCACGCGAGCUCGUCGUGCGCGCCAUGGCCGCAGCGCCCACAACCGCAUACGAGGACGAGCCGGCGCCAGUGGCAGUUUGGCCGGCGCCCGCUUCAAGGCCCACCGAUGCACCCGAAUCAGCGAAAGCCUCUCCCAUCCCUUCCACAAGCCCUCGACGGGCCCGCGAGACUCCCUAUCCUACAUCCGCCACCAUGCCAGCUUCCUCUUCACCCUCGCGUCAACCACAGCGCAGCCCCUCUCUCACCGCACCAUCCGCCUCCGCAGGCAGAUCCGCCUCGGUCGGUUCGCGUCAAGACACCUUCCGCCGCUUCACACAGCGCAUCCUCGACCUCUACCUCGCCGAAGCGGCGCACGAAAGCCAGCAGCUCCGCUCCGAAGAUGCGCGCCCGCGCAGAGGCAGCGCUCCCGACCUCGCCAUCUCGCGCGACCUGAGCGGCAGCGGACACCUCCUUCGCGACCCCGCCACCCUCGUCUGGAAGGGCAACCUCGAGUCCAUCCUGCUUGUCUACAGCAACCAGAAGCCCAAGGAGUUCUUUCACCACAUUGCAGAGUCCUUCUCUGAGCCCACCGCACGCGUGCCCCUCCUCUUCCUCCUCUCCACCUUCCUUCGCCUCUAUCCGAUUCAUGCCUACCACAUCACCGCCACCGCUCUCCCACGCAUGCUCAUCCUCUCGCUUCAGCUCGACACCUCCACCACCUGCGUCUCACUCGGCGUCACCGCUCUCAUAAUGCUCAUCCCGCACAUUCCCAACUGGAUCGCCAACGGUGGCGCAGGUGGCCUUCCCACCCUGCUCAGCAUCUUUGCCCGCAUCGUCGACUGGAGGCGCCUCGGCAACGGCUGGGAGACCCGCAUCGGCGACGAUCCCGAGCUCGCCGAGCUGCGCAGAGAGAAGGACGAGGAGUUUGCAGAGAUGGACCGCCUCGGCAAGCGCCUCAACAUCAAGCCCGCUCUGCGCUGGAACCGCCUCGAGUCGUCCUUUGACACGACCAUGUCCAGUCCGCCCAACGCAGAGCACCUCUUCACCUUCCUCUACGGCCUUUUCCCUUGCAACAUCAUCCGCUUCCUGCGCUCGCCCGUCGACUACCUCCGCAAGGCGUCGUUCGACAGCCCCUUUGAAGGACCCUGGGAAGAGAUGAUGGACGAGGUCGCCGUUCAGACACGCGCCAGCCCCAUCCUGCGUCGACACACGCUUCACCCCGCCCUCAUCACCCUCGACGCCGAGACCGAGCUGACUGACAAGCAGCGCUGGCUCGACCACGACUCGGCCGACAUCAAUGCAGAAUGCCUCGGCCUCUUCCUCGGCAAGUGGCACGACGUCAACCCUUCUCACAUUGUCCAGGCCGAACGCCAGCGCAACGGCUCGCUCGACAAUGACGUUCCGGACGACGAAAGCAUAUUCUCGUCCGAAGCGAGGCUCGGUCCGUUCGAUAUGGGCCGCCGCCGCAGCGCAGCCGCCCUCAUGCAUCCGUCAUCUCCCAGUGGCUCGGCGCACCGCCACUACCAGAGGGUGCCGCACUCGGUCAACCCGGAUGACAUUCUGUUGACCUACGCAUCGCUGCGGUCCGGCGCACCGCUCAUGUCGGCCACGGUCUCGGCGCAGACGCCCAGCUUCGAUGCUUCGCCCGCGCCGUCCCUGUUUGGCAGCGUGACACAGCCUCUUACGGCGGCCGCUCAGCGUUUGGACGACUCGAUCGGCCCGACGGCGGUCCCGCAGGCCAAGGCACCAUCCUCGUCUUCGGCCAUGACGGCGAGCGGCACGCUCUCGAGGUUGCUUCCAGCUGCAAGUGCUGCGGCUGCUGCGACACCCGCCAUCAUCACCGCCGUUGGAAGUUCCAGCGCUUCUCACAUGUCCAUCCCCGCCUCGCCGGCCACCCAUGCCGCGCAUGCCUCGAUCGCACGCGUACGCUCACGAUCCGGCUCGCUCUCGUCGGUGCUGUCGAGCAGCUCGCCCAGCCCGGCCACGCCGACCUCGCCAACCCUGCCAGGUCGCCACCCGCUCGCGUCGAGCCAUCUUCCCUCGGACCCGCUCACACCGCAGCCGGAGCCGAGGGAGAAGCAGGCAUUGGCGCCGGAGCCGAGGGAGAAGCAGGCAUUGGCGGUCCCACCUUUUGCAGGCUCCUCGCUCGAGGCGGGAAGCAGCGACGCUUCCAUCAUCUCGUUCUUGCAACGAGAGAAUCUGCUGCUGCGCAACGAGCUGAACUUUGAGCUCUAUCUCAAGGAGCAGCACCUGCGCCAUAUCGGUCGCCUUCACCGCGAAAAGGUGACCGAUACCGCGCUCGAGGCCGAGCGCCAAAACCUUUAUCACACGGUGCGAACGCUGCGCACCACGAACGCGGCUCAGCAUGCCGAGUUGGAGCGCUGCCGCGCGGAAGCGGCAUCGACCAAGGCGCGGCAUGUGCAGUGGGAGGCCGACCUGAACAACAAACUGCGUGCGUACCGCGAAGAGCGCAAGGCAUGGACAUCGGAGGCGCGCGAACUCAAGGCGCAGGCGGAAGAGGACGCCGCCAAGAUCGCCACGCUCACGCGGCAGCUCGAGGAGACGGGCGCGCAGCUGUUCGAGCUUCAGACCAAGAUGGAGGCGGACGAGCCCAAGCUGGCCAAGCUCGAGCAGUACGAGGCCAAGAUCGCGCAGCUCACCUCGUGCCUGGCGUACUGGGACAACGACGUGCUCAAGUACGAGCAGCAGCGCAACGAGAUGGAGAAGCUGCUCAACAAGUGGGACGAGAUGGCGUACCUGGUCGAGUCGACCGAAGCGACGCUCAGCGAGGUCGAGCAGACGUGUUCGCGGCUCGAGGCCGAGAACGAGCGGCUCAAGCAGGAGCUCAACACGGCCUUCGACAGUGUCAAGGCGUUGAAGGUCGAAAAGGGCAAGCUUGCCGCACAGGCCCAGCCGGGCCACGAGCAGGCACUGGACACGGUCGCCGAGUUGGAGCAGCAGCGAGGGGUGCUGCGCGAUGAGAACGAGGCGUUGAGCGAGAAGGUGCUCGAGCUCUCGGCGAGGAUCGAGACGAUGCAGCUCCAGCACGCGGCCAACGGCCACUCGACAGUCGACGGCCCACACGGCGCCUCGGGGCUCGCGGCCGCUUCGCAUCCGGAUGAGGAUGACGACGUGCCCGCACUCCCGCACGGCCUUCCCGCACCACAAGCAUGA